AACUAAUCAUUCAACGGCAAUUUUGCGCAUUUUCCUGAUCAAAUUGAGCAGACCAUGAUUGUGUCCAUGGACGAAGACAAAACCCAAACAAAUCAUACGGUGGCAAGCUUAGCUGUCGUCCAUACGUCCAAGACCGGCAGUCAAUUUUAUCUCUGACGUCAACACUCUUUCUAGAACUGUGUCCUUCUUCUGGAUUACUAAUUAUAUCUCCAAAACCCUAACAUAAACCCCCCAAAAUUUCCUAAAGCCUAAUUUAAUCUUUCAAUUUUCUCUCUUCAAUUUUGGGUUCCUUUCUUUUUGCUCUCUCUAGAAACCUUUUUGGGCUCCUCUCUUUCCACGAUAUGUCGAAGGUCGGGCAAAUGGAAAGCCUGUCCCACAACGCUGUCGUUUUGGACAGUUUCCUGGGCUUUGCACUGCAAGCUAUGGUUGUCGAGACUGCCAUUGUUGCAUCAAAGUCUGUCGCUUGGUUGCUCAUGAUGAUGGGAACUCGGCCUAAUGGAAUUGAUGUCUUCAUCAAAGAGACUGAGGCAUAUGCAGGGUUUCCACUUGCUCAGCUUCUUGUGGUGAGAAAACCUGGUCUGGAGAACAAGGAUGCCAGUGACACUGAGGAUGAUGAUGAUGAUGAUGAUGAGGAAGAUGAAGCAGCAGAUGAUCAAGAUGAAGAUGGAGGUGAGGAGGAAGAUGGAUCUGGUGAAGAGGGUGAAGAUCAAGGGGAUCCUGAGGAUGAACCUGAGGCCAAUGGGGAUGGCGGCAGUGGAGAUGAGGAUGAUGACGAUGAGGAUGAUGAUGAUGACGAUGAAGAUGGUGAGGAAGAGGAGGAAGAGGAAGAAGAGGAGCCGGAAGAAGAAGAGGAAGAGCUUCAGCCACCAGCUAAAAAGCGGAAAUGAGCUGGGAUCUCUUAUUCUUGUUUUUUAUUGUCCUGCUGAGGUUAGGGGGUAUGGUGUAGUGGGAAGUUAGAAUGGGCAGAUUCAGGUUGCGGGUUAAGAGUGUCUGUCUAAAUUAGGGUAGAGAAGAUUGUGACAUUUCUGGAAAUGAGACUUGUUUGAUAUUUCCUAAUAUACAGUUCUAGUAUCAUUUUAUAAGCUUGGCUUCA